AUGUGGCUCCUUCGGCUCAAGCACCACUUGUCCGUUGACAUCUGGACCCUGCUGCUUUUGGGGAGCGCCUGGCUACCACUGGCAGAGGGCACCCCCAAAUCCCCCUUUAGGACUUUCUCGGUCACAGACUGGAGCUUGACACACCUGGUAGUCCACAACAAAACUGGGGUGGUCUACGUGGGCGCUGUCAACCGGAUCUACAAGCUCUCCAACAAUCUGACGCUGUUGCGUGCCCAUGUGACGGGGCCGGUGGAUGAUAACGAGAAGUGCUAUCCGCCCCCCAGUGUUCAGUCCUGCCCCCAUGGGCUGGUCACCACCAACAAUGUCAACAAGUUGCUGCUGGUGGACUACUCAGGGAACCGGCUGAUCGCCUGUGGUAGUGCCUCUCAGGGCAUCUGCCAGUUCCUACGCUUGGACGACCUCUUCAAGCUGGGGGAACCCCACCACCGCAAGGAGCACUACCUCUCCAGUGUCAACGAGUCAGGCACCAUGUCGGGUGUCAUCAUUGAGGUGCUUAACGGACAAAACAAGCUCUUCAUUGGGACACCGAUUGAUGGGAAGUCCGAGUACUUCCCCACCCUCUCCAGCCGCAAGCUGAUGACCAACGAGGAGAACGCGGAGAUGUUUGGCUUCGUCUACCAGGACGAGUUUGUCUCCUCCCAACUCAAGAUCCCCUCAGACACGCUAUCCAAGUUCCCCACGUUUGACAUUUACUACAUCUAUAGCUUCAGCAGCGAGCAGUUCGUCUACUACCUGACCUUGCAGCUGGACACCCAGCUCACCUCGCCUGACUCCACAGGGGAGCAGUUCUUCACCUCCAAAAUUGUCCGCCUCUGUGUGGACGACCCCAAGUUCUACUCCUACGUGGAGUUCCCCAUCGGCUGCGUGCGGGAUGGCGUUGAGUACCGCCUGAUACAGGACGCGUACCUCAGCAAGCCCGGCAAGGUGCUUGCCAAGCAGCUGGGCAUCUCGGAGCAGGAAGACAUCCUCUUCACUGUUUUCUCCCAGGGCCAGAAGAACAGGGUCAAGCCACCCAAGGAGUCCGUCCUCUGCCUCUUCACUCUGAAAAAGAUAAAAGACAAAAUCAAGGAGCGCAUCCAGUCUUGUUACCGAGGGGAGGGAAAGCUGUCACUGCCCUGGCUAUUGAACAAGGAAUUGGGUUGCAUCAACUCGCCUCUGCAGAUUGACGACUAUUUCUGUGGCCAGGAUUUUAACCAGCCGCUGGGCGGGACGGUGACCAUCGAGGGGACAGCGCUCUUUGUGGAUAAGGAGGAUGGCAUGACCUCGGUGGCUGCCUAUGACUACCGGGGACACACGGUGGUCUUCACCGGCACACGGAGUGGCAGGAUCAAAAAGAUCCUGGUGGACUUGUCCAGUCCCAGCGGGCGUCCGGCACUGCAGUAUGAGAAUGUCGUGGCCCACGAGGGCAGCUCCAUCCUGCGAGACCUGGUGCUCAGCCCCGACCGCCAGCACAUCUACGCCAUGACUGAGAAACAGGUGACACAAGUGCCCGUGGAGAGCUGUGAACAAUACAAGAGCUGUGCGCUGUGCCUGGGCUCCAAGGACCCCCACUGCGGCUGGUGUGUCCUUCAUAACGUCUGCUCGCGGAAGGACCGAUGUGAGCGGGCUGAUGAGCCUCAGCGCUUUGCCUCGGACCUGCGCCAGUGCGUCCAGCUCACCGUCCAGCCCAAGAACAUAUCGGUCACCAUGUCUGAGGUCUCGCUGGUUCUGCAGGCCUGGAAUGUCCCCGAUCUCUCCGCCGGGGUAAACUGCUCCUUUGAAGAUUUCACGGAGUCCGAGAGCCGCAUUGAAGACGGGAGGAUCUACUGUAGCUCUCCAUCUGCAAAGGAUGUGAUCCCCAUCACCAGGGGCAGGGGCGACAAGCGGGUGGUGAAGCUCUACUUGAAGUCCAAGGAGACUGGGAAGAAGUUUGCUGCUGUGGAUUUCAUUUUCUACAACUGCAGCGUCCAUCAGUCCUGCCUGUCCUGUGUGAAUGGCUCCUUCCCAUGCCACUGGUGUAAAUAUCGGCACAUCUGUACCCACAACGCUGCUGACUGCUCCUUCCAGGAGGGGCGUGUCAACAUGUCUGAGGACUGCCCACAGAUUCUGCCCUCCACCCAGAUCUACAUCCCUGUGGGCGUGGUGAAGCCCAUCACUCUGACAGCCAAGAACCUGCCACAGCCACAGUCCGGCCAGCGCAACUACGAAUGCAUCUUCCACAUCCCCGGCAGCGCCACCCGUGUCACAGCUCUGCGCUUCAACAGCACCAGCAUCCAGUGCCAGAACACCUCGUAUUUCUACGAAGGGAAUGACAUCAGCGACCUGCCCGUGAACCUGUCCGUGGUGUGGAAUGGAAACUUUGUCAUCGACAACCCCCAGAACAUCCAGGCUCACCUAUACAAGUGCUCGGCCCUGCGUGAAAGCUGUGGCCUCUGCCUCAAGGCAGAUCCGCGCUUCGAGUGUGGCUGGUGCGUGACGGAGAAGAGGUGCACCCUGCGGCAGCACUGCCCGGCCUACGAGAGCAGCUGGAUGCACGCCAGCAACGGCAACAGCCGCUGUACAGACCCCAAGAUCAUCAAGCUGUCGCCGGAGACGGGCCCCAGGCAGGGAGGGACCCGUCUGACCAUCACUGGGGAGAACCUGGGCCUGAAGUUUGAGGAUGUGCGCAUGGGAGUGCGGGUCGGCAAAGUGAUGUGCAUCCCCAUCGAGAGCGAGUACAUCAGCGCGGAGCAAAUUGUGUGUGAGAUCGGAGACGCCAGCUCAGGCCGAGCCCACGAUGCCCGUGUGGAGGUGUGCAUCAGGGACUGCUCCCCCAGCUACAGGGCCACAUCCCCCAAAAGCUUCACGUUUGUGACGCCCACUUUCUACCGCGUGACUCCGGCUCGGGGUCCCCUCUCUGGGGGCACCUGGAUUAGCAUUGAGGGCAACCACCUCAACGCAGGCAGUGAUGUCACAGUGACCAUCGGGGGACGACCUUGUGUCUUUUCAUGGAGAAACGCUCGGGAGAUCCGGUGCCGGACGCCACCAGGCCAGAGCCCUGGCGGGUCACCCAUCCUCAUCAACAUCAACCGGGCCGAGCUGAGUAACCCCGAGGUGAAGUACAAUUACACAGAGGACCCCACCAUCCAGAAGAUAGACCCAGAGUGGAGCAUCAACAGCGGUGGGACGUUGCUGACUGUGAUAGGCACCAACCUGGCCACUAUCAAAGAGCCCAGGAUCCGUGCCAAGUACGGCAGCGCUGAGAGGGAGAACAACUGUACUGUCUACAACGACACCACCAUGCUGUGCUACGCUCCAUCCAUCGACAACCCGUCCCGGAGCCCCCCAGAGAUCGGUGACCGCCCAGAUGAGAUUGGCUUUGUCAUGGAUAAUGUCCAGGCGCUGCUGAUUGUUAAUACCACCAGCUUCGUCUAUUAUCCGGACCCCAUCUUCGAGCCCCUCAGCCCCUCUGGCAUGCUGGAGCUCAAGCCCAGCUCUCCCCUUAUCCUCAAGGGCCGGAACCUGCUCCCGCCGGCUGCUGGUAACUCCCGGCUGAACUACACAGUGCUGAUUGGUGACACUCCCUGCGCCCUGACGGUCUCUGAGACCCAGCUCUUGUGCGAGUCGCCAAACCUCACGGGACAGCACAAAGUCACGAUCAAGGCUGGAGGGUUUGAGUUCUCCCCGGGGACGCUGCAGAUCUACUCAGACAGCCUCCUGACGCUGCCUGCCAUCAUCGGGAUCGGCGGCGGAGGCGGCCUCCUCCUGCUCAUCAUCAUCAUCGUCCUCAUCGCCUACAAGCGCAAGUCCCGGGACGCCGACCGCACCUUGAAACGCCUGCAGCUGCAGAUGGACAACCUGGAGUCCCGCGUGGCCUUGGAGUGCAAAGAGGCCUUUGCCGAACUGCAGACAGACAUCCACGAGCUGACGAACGACUUAGACGGGGCUGGCAUCCCCUUCCUGGACUAUCGCACCUACGCCAUGAGGGUCCUCUUCCCCGGGAUAGAAGACCAUCCUGUGCUGAAGGAGAUGGAGGUCCAGGCGAAUGUGGAGAAGUCCUUGAGCCUCUUUGGGCAGCUCUUGAACAAGAAGCAUUUCUUGCUGACCUUCAUCCGCACCUUGGAGGCACAACGCAGCUUCUCCAUGCGGGACCGGGGCAACGUGGCUUCCUUGAUCAUGACAGCGCUGCAGGGGGAGAUGGAGUAUGCCACAGGCGUGCUGAAGCAGCUCCUCUCAGACCUGAUCGAGAAGAACCUGGAGAGUAAGAACCAUCCCAAGCUGCUCUUGCGGAGGACGGAGUCUGUGGCUGAGAAGAUGCUGACGAAUUGGUUCACGUUCCUCCUGUACAAGUUUUUAAAGGAGUGUGCUGGAGAGCCGCUCUUUAUGCUGUACUGUGCCAUCAAACAGCAGAUGGAAAAGGGACCCAUUGACGCCAUCACCGGAGAGGCCCGCUACUCGCUGAGCGAAGACAAGCUGAUCCGGCAGCAGAUUGACUACAAAAUGCUGACGCUGAACUGCGUGAACCCUGAGAAUGAGAAUGCCCCCGAGAUUCCCGUCAAGGUUCUGAAUUGUGACACCAUCACACAGGUGAAGGAGAAGCUGCUAGAUGCCGUCUACAAGGGCGUGCCCUACUCCCAGAGACCCAAGGCAGGAGACAUGGACCUGGAGUGGCGUCAGGGCAGGAUGGCCCGAAUCAUUCUGCAGGAUGAAGACGUGACCACAAAGAUAGACAAUGACUGGAAAAGGCUCAACACCCUCGCUCACUACCAGGUCCGGUCGCCCACCGGGGUGACUGACGGCUCCUCUGUGGCACUGGUGCCCAAGCAGAACUCGGCAUACAACAUCUCCAACUCUUCCACCUUCACCAAGUCACUCAGCAGAUACGAGAGCAUGCUCCGGACAGCCAGCAGCCCCGACAGUCUACGUUCACGGACCCCCAUGAUCACGCCCGACCUGGAGAGUGGUACCAAGCUUUGGCACCUAGUGAAGAAUCAUGACCAUAUGGACCAGCGGGAGGGAGACCGGGGCAGCAAGAUGGUGUCCGAGAUCUAUCUGACCCGUUUGUUGGCCACCAAGGGCACCUUGCAGAAGUUCGUCGAUGACCUGUUUGAGACCAUCUUCAGCACGGCACACCGCGGGAGCGCCCUGCCCCUGGCCAUCAAGUACAUGUUCGACUUUCUGGACGAACAAGCCGACAAACAUCAGAUCAACGAUUAUGACGUCAGGCACACCUGGAAGAGUAACUGUCUACCUCUGCGUUUUUGGGUGAAUGUGAUUAAGAACCCCCAGUUUGUGUUUGACAUUCACAAGAACAGUAUUACUGAUGCUUGCCUAUCCGUGGUGGCUCAGACAUUCAUGGACUCCUGCUCAACUUCUGAGCACAAGCUAGGGAAAGACUCUCCCUCCAACAAACUACUGUAUGCCAAGGACAUCCCCAACUAUAAGAGCUGGGUAGAAAGAUAUUAUGCAGAUAUUGCUAAAAUGCCAGCAAUCAGUGACCAGGACAUGAGUGCAUACCUGGCGGAGCAGUCCCGGUUACACCUGAGCCAGUUCAACAGCAUGAGUGCGCUGCACGAGAUCUACUCAUACAUCACCAAGUACAAGGAUGAGAUUUUAGCUGCUUUAGAGAAGGAUGAACAGGCCCGAAGGCAACGGCUGAGGAGUAAGCUGGAGCAGGCAAUUGACACAAUGGCCCUAAGCAGCUGA